AAAAUCUUUAUUAAGCAAGCAUUGAAAUACAAGCCAAUACACCGAUUUAAGACUCGGAAAUGUAUAAAAAUAUUUGUAUUGCAUUAUUUAAAAAGGAUUAGCAAUGGCCGAUGGAGAUAAUUUUACCAUAGGAUCAUUUCCAGAAGAUGCUAUAGAAUAUUCAAGUACUCUUGCAGAUAGCUCAUCGGAAAUCACGAUACCAAGUGUCUUGAUAUCGAGUAUUAUGCUCCUGGGUCAAAUAUUGUGGCUUAGAAUGAGCUCUAGGCAAGCAACUGUGGAAAAAUGCGACUUAGAACCAAACAAUGCGAAUUCUGUCGUAAAAAUGAUAUGAAAGACAACAAAAACAGAAUAUAUAACUAUUGAUUGGUGCAUUUGAAGUUCAUUUUAGAUCCAAGUCUUGGGUCUAUUAAUAAAUAAGUACUGUGAUGUGA